AUGAAUUCAAAGCACAAGAGCAGAUCUCCACUCACAAAUUUAGUACGAAAGCCACAUGUUACUCAUCAAGGAGUCAUAUUUCAUGAAAAUCUAGCGCUUGUUUCUCCAUCAUCAAAGAAGCGAAGGGCUACAGAUAUGGCUAAUUAUAUUUCAAAGAACAAGAAUAAGACAAGCAAAAUGAUCAUCUCUUCUGAAUCUACAGAUGACGAAGAUGAAAGGAUUCCAGAAACUCCUGAAGCAAAUCUCCAAAUAGAUACUUCUGCACCUUCACAGACAGUUAUUAUACCACCCGAAGAUUUGUUUGCCAAGUCAUUUUCUGAGGAUGUAACAGCCCGGAAUUUCAGGUACUAG